AUGGAAGAUGGCAGGAAGAGAACCAAGCUGCGCAAAUCCUUGCAGCACUACCUCUCCAAGAAGCUCAAGAAGAUCCCUCCAAUACACAUCCCCAGCUCACAUAUUCCGGCAGGCAUCACCAGCUCGCGACUCCUCAACACCUGCAGGUUCCCGAGAACCCCGUCGCUGGACUUGGACGGCGAUCACGCUGCCGCCACCGCCGACCAGAACGGCAAGGACCAGGCGGCGACACUCUCCGACGUCGACCGCUUCCUCUUCGACAACUUCCGGUCCCUCUACAUCCAUGACGACAACAACGUUCCAUGCUUCCCAUCAUCGCCAGGCACAUCCACGUCACUCGUCGAGGUGACACAACCAACAGCAGAGACAUCAUCUUCAUCUGACUCAGUUGCAGAAGACAUCAAGGAAGCCAGACCAGGUGAGCAAAGCGGCGACAAUGCGGCCAUAGUGGUGUUCUCCAUGGACCCUUACACAGACUUCCGGAGGUCCAUGCAGAACAUGAUAAAGAUGCACCAUGGUCGCAUAUCUCAGCCGUUGGACUGGGACUUCCUGGAGGAGCUACUUUUCUACUACCUGCAGCUCAAUGAUCAAGCUGUGCACAAGCACAUUCUCAAGGCCUUUGUUGACCUGACUGCUGGAACUCACAUGGGCAGUCCUGCCCGUGGAAAAGCCCAGUGGGCUGACAAGAGCGUUAGGAGUAGGAAAUAUCAUUAG